AUGUCAUCUAUACUUCCCCGAGAAGGUCUUACACUUGAGGCUAUCUGCUCUCCAUUCUACCACACUCUCUUUCAACCAUUGCUUACUGGACCACUCCUAUAUGGGCUUCUGAAGUACCCUGAUUUGCUACAACAGUGGCCUGGUUUGACGAAUCUGGUAAACCAGUCAGGUAUUCAGAGCGUCGGGGUGCUUCUUGGCCUUGGAAUUGUGAGUCGGGUGAACCGCUGGCUGUCUAGACUGGCCGUGAACAAUUAUUCCAACGACCCAACUUGGGACUGGAAUAAGGAAGUCGUCCUUCUCACGGGAGGAUCUAGGGGUAUUGGUGCCAAGAUUGCCGCUAAGCUUGCCCAGGGGGCGGUUUAUGGAGACUUCGUACGAAUUGCCUUUUACACCUUUGAGGUCGACGAGUUACUAAUAUCGAAUUUUUCGAAUCCAGCGGAGAAUGUUCAUUUCUAUGAGCUCGAAAUCACGUCAUCCCAAGCUGUUCAACAAGUUGCAGACCAGAUAAGGCAGAAACACGGAGAACCGACAGUUUUGAUCAACAAUGCUGGUAUUGGAUCGGCUAAACCAAUUCUCGAGGAACCGGAACAAACAACUCGCAAAAUGUUUGACGUGAACAUCAUGUCUCAUUUUGUCCUGGUGAAGCAGUUCUUACCGGCGAUGAUCACAAAGAACCAUGGACAUAUUGUGACAAUCGCUAGCAUGGCUUCAUUCGUUGUGCAGGGUCAAAACGUGGACUACGCUUGCACAAAGGCUGCUACAUUGGCUUUCCACGAAGGCCUAAACCAAGAGCUCAAGUACUGGUACAAUGCUCCGAAAGUUCGAACGACAGUCGUACAUCCAACUUGGAUUCGAACCCCUCUGAUUGACAUGUUGACCAAAUCUUCCAACUUUAAGGAUUUCUGCCUUGAGCCGGAAACUGUUGCAGAUGCUGUAGUCAACCAGCUUCACUCUGGUUAUGGUGGUCAGCUCAUUCUACCUGCUAGACUGAGCAUAAUGGCAGGCAUUAAGGGCUUUCCUCUGUGGCUACAGGAAUCAGUUCGCAAUAGAAAAGAGGAGAAGGAAUCAAGACGCGGACCUAUCGACCGACCCCUUUAG